AUGGACAGCGUCUCGCCAUACACGACUACAUGGCUCGCGAGCUCGCCGAAUCCAAUCGGCGAGGUUGACAUCGCUGUCGCCUCGAGACUUCUCGAGGCUUUUCAAACGAAGGUCAACUCCCUCAUUUCCCGUCUCACUGGGAAAGCCAAGGAGUGGGCCUUGGGUAAAUACGUUGUAAACGAGUAUGCGUUCUUCACUCUGGAAGUAAUCCAGAGUGACCUUCGACUCGCCUUCGAGCCGCCACAGGAAGAGAAGUUAUUGCGUUCAGGGUUCCUGUCCUUGCGACAGGGUAAGAUGUCCAGGCGCGACUACGUGCAGAUGGCUCGACAUCUGGCAUCGUGCAUUGUCACGCAUCCCAUGGACAUGUACACACAAAAGAACGUGUUUGUCGAUGGCAUGCGUGAAGGGCAGACUCGUCUAUUGCUGGAACGCGAGGAUCCUGCCACGUUGGAGAAGGCUUUCGCUAUCGCCAUGGAUGAGGACUUAAGAGUUACCAAGGCCUGA